AUGUAUUUUGAACUGCAAGUAUUCCAGAAGUUUCUCAUCUACUCUUCGCUUAUUCUCCUCUUCACCGUUGGACGAAUGCUAAAAAUUUUGCCAUUUUUCAAGUCGAUGAUCAGUAUCGCGAUGUGUAAAAUGACGGACACUUCCUUGCCGACAGAAAUUUACUGGGAUUCGCUAUUUACCUGGAAAAUGUUGCAGAACGUGUACUAUUGCCUACUCGCCGAUAUGGGCAAAAAGGUUAAAUUAAACAACAAAGCCUACAAUUCCCCUAUCGUUUCCAUCGAUGGCCAACGUUGUCAGAGAAUUUUAGACUUUGCAAAGGGUAGCCGACCAUUGGUGCUUAACUUCGGAAGUUCAACCUGCCCUGUUUUUAUGCAAAUGUUGAAAAGAUACCAACUGCUAAUGAAGGAGUUUCAAGAAAUGGCCGAUUUUGCUGUGAUCUAUAUUGAAGAAGCUCAUCCCGUCGAUGGCUGGGCAUUUAAGGAUAACAGUGACAUCCCGAAGCACCGUACAUUGGACGAAAGAUGCAAGGCCGCUCAAAAAAUGGCGAAAUCCUUGGAUCUUUGCAGUUGUACUGUGGCGGUAGACAGCAUGCUAAAUGCUGCCAAUAUCGCAUACGGUGCUGUUCCAAUCCGCUUAUACAUCGUGCAGAGUAAUAAAAUUGCAUACGAAGGGGGCGCAGGUCCCAUGAAUUACCGGAUGCAGGAGGUCAAGGAAUGGCUGCAACGCUUCAGAGCAAGGCAAUCAGUUUAAGAGUAGGAAACGUAAGUGCGGAUGAGCGACAAACUUCAGUUUCGGUGAAUUUGAAAGUGAAAUGAUAGUCGAUCGCGCAUCAAGUGAAGAGCGACGUAGCCGCUCUCGGAUAAUCCACAAGGAAGCAAGAAAGAGGCAUUGUCCUUGCCUAAACUUAAGCAAGGUAAUGUUUCACUGUUCAAGGGGACAAUGAGUGAAGACCAUGAAUGAUAAACUCGUCAAACGUUUAAUUUUAUCUUUCGUUUGUUUGUAAAUUGCCCACAUACUCGAGAUAAUCUCUGUGGAAACUUGAGCAAACUAUCAGAUACAUCAUCACGAAAACACUUACGAUCGACGGUAAUUGCAUUAUGUUAAUUCUGAUCCAAGAAAAACUGCAAAAUAUGACUGUAACGAUAAUACGACCCAUAUUAUCUGUCAUGUUACGGCAUCGUUCGCGUAUUUCAUGUCCGUAGAUAAGGAAAUUUUAGGAAUAACUUGUAUAAAGGACAUUUAGAAGCGGAUAAGAUCAAAUCCUAUCACAUCAUACUUCUCACUAGAGCAUCAUCAAAGUUAAUAUACUCCAAAUUAUUUUCUCGCUUAUGCUAAGCUUGUUAAAUGACUGAUACUGAUCAUUUUUAUCGAAUAAUAUUUCUGUAAGGCCCUUUAUGUAACUGCUG